UGCUGCCUUCCCCUCCAAUGUGAAGAAGUCAGUGUUCUUUUAGAUGGCAUUUUUCACACACGUGGAUAAGCAGAAGCCAGCAAUGUUUCAGACAUCAUCUGCAGGCAGAGCAGCAGCUAUACGAACUGCUAUCCUAAAACAGGUUAAAUGGCAAUUGGGAGGGUUUUUGUGAGUGUGGCAUCUAAUGCCUUGUCUCUUUCAGUUUUAUCAUGUCAGGGCUCAGGUGGCAGUUACGAUUAAAAGCAUUACAGAUAUCCAAAUAAGAACGAAGGGUAUGCAUUGGCUGGAAGCUGACAGGGCUUAAGUAAUCACCUGCAGUUGAAUUGAGACUCGGAUGGGAAGUAGGAAGUGCUGUACUCAAGCUUCCUGUAUAAAUAAAUGCAGCUUUCCCACAGCUACUGCAUACAAGCUGUGACGUGCUUUUAAGAUAUAAUAGCAGCAUGCUUUUAGUAGCAGGGAGGGAAUGAUUUAUCAGGAGUGGCAAAGGGGCUGGGAGACAAGUGCUGCUGCAGUCCUAAAAAGUGUACAGCUGUCAGAUACCGGGUGAAGAGGAAGGGCGUGCGAGAGCAAUCUGCCUCUGCUCCUGGUUGCGAGCUUUAGGGGUUUGUGACAUUGUGGUUCUUUGGAACGCUGGAGUCUGAGUGCAGCUACUGAAAAGUCACACAGCUGUCAGUGAAUGCCACUCGCCUUUCAAGGUAAGUCAGAAUACAGCGUUCUGUCUUUUUUUUUUCCUUAAAAGCAAAGGUUACCCUGCAUACAACAGAAAGCCAGCUUUUGCUUCUAAUGGAAGGAAAGGCUUAGUUAGAAAAAAAGGUAAGAAGUAGAAAUGGGCUCCGCUGGGGAAGCUUGUCCUCACAUCAUGACAGCUGACAAGUCAGAAGCUGGAGAGUUAGCUCUGGAGCCCCUGCUCACUUGCAAACUAUGUCUCUGUGAAUAUUCCCUGGAUAAGAUGACUACUCUUCAGGAAUGCAGCUGCAUCUUUUGUACAUCGUGCCUAAAACAGUAUGUACAGCUGGCAAUUCAAGAAGGUUGUGGAUCUUCUAUCACAUGUCCAGACAUGGUAUGCCUGAACCAUGGGACCCUACACGAAGAAGAGAUUGCCUGUUUGGUGCCGGUUGACCAGUUUCAGUUAUACAAGAGACUGAGGUUUGAACGAGAAGUCCACUUGGACCCCCGGAGAACAUGGUGCCCUGCAGUCGACUGCCAAACGGUGUGCCAUAUGGCACCAAGCGAGUCGGGAGCACGGAUGCUGGUUGAAUGCCCAUCUUGCCACCUGAAGUUCUGUUCCUUUUGCAAGGAGGCAUGGCACCCACAGCACCUGUGCCAGGAAAACCAAAUUCCUUUGCUAAAUGAGCAGGGAUCACUUAUUGGAACAGAGUCAGAGGCACCAAUUAAGCAGUGCCCAGUUUGUCGGAUCUACAUUGAGCGAAAUGAGGGCUGUGCUCAGAUGAUGUGCAAGAACUGCAAACACACAUUUUGCUGGUACUGUCUGCAGAACUUGGAUAACGAUAUCUUCUUACGACAUUACGACAGAGGCCCUUGCAGAAACAAGCUGGGCCACUCACGGGCUUCGGUGAUGUGGAACAGAACGCAGGUUGUGGGGAUCCUUGUUGGACUAGGUAUAAUAGCAUUGGUGACCUCUCCUUUGCUGCUCGUGGCAUCUCCGUGCAUCAUCUGCUGCAUUUGCAAAUCUUACCGAAGCAAAAAGAAGAAACACAGCCCGCCAACAACCUAAAACUCUGUGUCUCUCUGAGCCUCCAUUUGCAGAGUGUAUUUUUUGUGAGAAAGCACAAUGGUUGUAUUUUGGUGCCAUACCUGCCAAAUAAUACUCUUCUACGCCAGUUCUUGGGAUAAGUGCCUAUUCCUUACAGGCUACUCUAUCACUAACAAGUCCCAGUGUGGGAAAAGUCUAAGAUUAUCAUUCAGUACAUACGGUGUAGGUUUUUGCUUUCUAAAAGGAAAAUGGGACACCAUUCAGUAGUGCAUACCCUUAAAUGAGACAGCUUUUGAGACUGCUAGAACUUUAUUAUCUUUCCAUCAGCUGCACAUGACUUGAUCCUGCAGUAUUACUUCACCUCUGCAGACCCAGUCAUUACUUUCAUGCUUUCUGUUGGUUCUUGGUGCCGCUCAGACUCCUCAAAAAGUUUGGGUUAGUUUUUGAAAGAGGGAGAGGGAAAAGCCUGAUUAAGUUCCUCUGUCUGCUAGCUUGUGUCCCAUUAAAGACAGCAAACUCUUAAGAAUAUAUUCUUGACAGUUUCCUGUCAAUUGGCUGCCAUGGCAUUUCUUUUGGCAUUGAAAUCAAUUUGAUUUAUACAGUAGAAAUCAGUUACAGAACUAAAACCCAGCAAAACUAUUUCUGACUAAGGUAGCACUCUCUUUUGAGAGACUGGACUACCUUGGGAAAGAUGGUAUUUUUGUCAGAUCAAACAUGACAUUUACCUUGAAAUAUGAGGAAUAUGUGUAUUUUCCUGCCAUUGAGCAUGCCUUUUGUCAGUAACCUGCAAGCAGCAAACUCACCAUGAAGCUAAUAUUUUAAGAAAGGCCAUGAUACGGUUCCUAUUUUGUGCACAGUAUUGGAAUUUUGGUUGUGCCUGUGUAGACUGGCUGCAUGGGCACGGAUAGAAUAUGUUUUUUCAACAGUUUACAUGAGGUGGCAGCAAGAACCCUGUUAAAAAUUUACACAGACCAGGCUAAGCCAAACCCUCCUUUAAAACGUUAUGGACCUGCUGAAGUGAAUACUUGAGAAAUGCUGUGUAAAUAUAAGCUCUGUCCAUUGGUGGCUGUUUCUUCUGUCCCACUCGAGGUUAACAAACUGUUUCCGAUGAUUUUUAGUUACUCUAAAUCUGAAAGGCUGUCAUUUAAUGAAUGCUUCAUUUUAAUUUGGUGCCUGACCACCAAACUGAUUCAGACUCUGGUAUCAGUUACACCUGUGUAAGUUCACCGAAUCCUCACUGAAAAGCUGGAACUACUCCAGGCUCACUCAAGAGUAGCUGAUGUCAGACUCUGCUCCCUGGAGUUUAUUUCCUUAAUGGCUGGUGCUCCUCACAACCCUGGCUGGUAAUGGCUUUUGUUCUAGACUCCCAUCUGUCCAUUUUUUAUCUGUGGGAGCUGAUCUGAGUUUGCACUAUGUAAUCGGUUGUAAUUCCAAACCCCUUUCAAUAAGGGCGGCAAGGUUUAAAUGAGAUGCUCAGCCUGAGCAGCAUGUUGGGCUCACCCUCCGCUGAUCUGCCCUCCUUCCUCCAUCUGCACAGUGUGAGGCACUCGAAGAGUGCUGCGAAGGGCAUCUUUGCUGUUGCGUUUGGCCGAGCCUCAGGAACUUUGCCUUCUUGGCAGCCAUAAAUGUGACCUUUUUUUUGUGUAACUUCGCUCUCUGGUUACUGUAACAGAAGUGGAAGAUGUUCUUAUUUAAGAAAGUGUGGUCUGUUGAGCAGACUAGCAGGGACAGAGGCCUUAAAUGAUAUUGUCUGGUUUACUUUUUAAUUGAUUUCUUUUAUAAAUACUGUCUGACUUUGCUACCAGUCGUGACUGGAGGGCAGGCAGUGCUCGCCAGUGUGAAAGGCUGUAUUUAUUCUCCAUCCACAGCUUCGAAGGGAAGCAGAGAGAUAGUCAGUACAUUCUAAAUACAGAGUGCAAUGCAGGCAACUGCCAUUUAUAAAAAAUAGAGAAUGUUUUCUGUAUGUGUUUUCUUUAAGAGCACUAAUAGUAGUGCUUGCGGGUACUUGUGACAGAUUAAAGUGUCCAGCCCUUGGCUUUGCACUGUUUUUCUAUGUACGUUUUUAUGGCACUACUGUAAUUUCCAUUUUAUGUAUGAACUUGAAGUUCAGAGUCUUACUUUAAUGAAGCGUCAAGGACAAAGAUACAGGAGCUGUAUAGUCUCUUUAACCAUAACCAGCAUUGCAAUGUACCAGUAUCCUUUGCAUGUUAAAUUCAAGGGUUAUUCAUGUUUUAUGGUCUUGUGUAUGUCCAAUGCACCCUCUACAAUCUGGUUUCUCUCUGUGUCCUCUCCCUGUUUCCCUUGGCUUGUUUUUGCUAAAAUGCCUAUUGGAAUGAAGGUGUCAUGUUUUCUUCAUUAAUACUGCUGCUUUAAUGAAACUGCCAAGUUCCUCCAUGCAACUGAAGGCAGUUGUCCUACCCUGAAUACACUAAUGGACACAAGGUCACCAUUUAAAUUGCAAUGCAAAUUUAACCUUUUUUUAUUCUUUAAAUGCUGUUUAAAAUUAAUGCAGAUCUCGUCAUAAAGUGAGAAUUUGUUUAAUUGGUUUCAAAGAUAAUAUUUUGUAACAACAUUGCACACCUGCAUAGUUGUAAAGUCUGGGAAAGCAACACUAUUUAGUUUAUUUUUAACCUUUUAGCUAAAGUGGAGGGUAACUCCUUUUGGAGGCUAAUUCCUGCAGAGCAGAAGGAAGGCGUACCUUUUCUGUGCACACAUUUUAUUUCUGGUGCCAGUUUAGGUGCCUGGUGGAGGUACCAAAAGCACUAUGCAGGUAUUAGCACAACCUGGCAGCAAGAGUGCCAGUCCAGGCAUCUAAGGGGCCUGUACGGAGACUGGCAGCAGUGGCCUAGUUGGAGGUCUUUACACUAAAGCUGGGUAAGGAGAGCAUGAGCUACAGGCAUACCUUCCUUUGGUUGUGUAGAUGCAGCAAGUUGGCCAAGAUAGAAGCUCUAGAAAUACUUUAGAACUUGAAAGGUUAAAAUAGAAGUCUUACAAAGAUUAUUUUCUUUAAAAGGCUUUGUUCGGUGCACCAUGUGUCCUGGCUUUUCAUUGCACAGGGAUACAUGAGCAGGUGCUUUAAGUAGACCACGACUUGGUCAGCAUGUGAAGAUGUGCUAACUCUGCCGAGUAGAGCAGUACCUGUGCUCAUGUGCUGGGAGCAGUAGGGCCCUGUUGCCUUGUUUUCCAGAAGGCAGCUAUUUUGCACUAGCUGGUAUUGCUCACAGAGUUUCCAGAGAACCAUUUUAGCAGGGAUCUUUUUACAGUGUUGUUUUUUUGGCUUUUUUGUUUGGUUGGUUGGUUUUUAACUGUAUAAGAAAAAUCAGAGUCACUUUAUAGGAAAUUUAUUGCAACUAUGACAAAUAAUACUAACAAAUCAGGGAGAAAGAAACAAAAACAGGACUCCAUCUACUCGUGACUCUUCUAUAUCAAUGUAGCUGUAAGUUUAUCCUCUUGAACGCUAUCUGUGUGGUGUAGUUCGUGCAUGUUAGUACCAGGCUUCACUGCUCUGCUUUCCCAUGUGGCAGGUGGCUGGUGUGUUGGUAGCAUCCAGGGUAGAGCUCAGGACUGACACAGGGAGGGUACUGCUCAGGAGCUGGAGUCUAUGGCACAAGGCCCACCCUAGCUCCAUCACCAAUUUGCUCCACCUCUCUCACUGAGAGAGACCUUGGGGGUUUUAGGCCAUUAACUUUAUAUUGGCAGGAUCUACAGAAGUCUCUCUUGAAGAACAAAAGUGGCAACUGCUGUGUUCCCUCUGAACCAGGGGCAUUCAGCCUUCUGGGCUCUAGAUGUUUAUACAGGAGAUCUUAGACCCGUGCUAUGAAUCUGGAUUUUUACUGCAACUGGCCACAAAUCUCCAUGACCACAUAUCUCAUUAUAAUUUCCCAGCAAUCACUGGAGCUAUGUCAAAUACAGCUGAGGACCCCACUCAGCAUCUCAUAUCCUUGUGUUAAAAUAAGGAUGAUGAUAACCUGCUCCCCAAAUCACCUGUUAACAAAAAGAAAAUAUUUGUCAUGCUGUAGCCUAAGUACUUCCCUGCAGUAUUUAUUGAGAAUCAUGGGAGGCAGUCAACACUGCCAUUCAGUAGUUAUGAUCUAUUAAUGGUGUAUGGGGUUAAAUACCCCAAAGAAGGGCAUGAGGGGUUAACGGUAAUUAAUGUUUCUACAGUGCUUUAAUGAUGCUGUGUGCUGUUGAUUGUCCAGUAACACAGCACAAAGUCUAAGGGCGAGUUUUAAAUGUACAUAAUAAUUUUUACUUGGAUAAACUAAGAGAAAUUGGGUAUUACCUUCAUAUUUGCUUGAAGAUAUAUAGAAGUGGAUAGAAAUCAACUGCAUUUCCAUAAUGGGACAAUGAUAUCAACUUUUGGCUGCUGUGUUCUCUGGUACCACAGUGAGUGGUUGUGCUGUAGUGCCCACCACUUAAAAAAUAUGAAAUCUGUUUUGCACUGUAAUCUCCUUCUCCCAGUCACUAUCAUCUUUCUCAAAGUAAUUCCUUUUAUGAUCGUGUUUUUCAUCCUCUAUCUCAGGCCAAAGAUUCUUAGAGUGAAAUUAGUAUAUUUCUGUGUAAGAAGAUAAAAAUCUCCCAACAAUUUUCUCCCAGGUUUUAAUAAGAAAUUUGAUGCUGGGAUAAAUGACCAAAGAUAGAAAUUUCAGACUUCACUUGUUUAGACAAACUCAUUCACACUUAAGAAGUUGUCUUGGAAAACAUAAAUAAGGAUUGCUGUGUUAGAGCUUAUAAGGAGCCCUACAGCUUUUGAGCUUGACAGGAAAGAUGCUUCUAUUACAAGCAGACUUUUGAAAAUGUGCUAGAAAAAACCCUACAUCCUAUAUACAUAUUUUUAUUAUAUAAGUCAAAAUAGCAUCUCUUUCUCGGGUAUACUUACACAGUCAGAUAAUUUUAAAACUAAACAGUUGAGCAGAGUGUGCUAGUUAUAAAACAGUUUUAAGACAUCUCUCACACAUCAGUGUGUAGGAUCAGGCUCUUAAUUUAUGUGUCUGGCAAUAAAGAUGUGCAAUUCUACCUCUCCUAGAGUAGUGAGAGUUGAUUCUUCUGCAGCCUGCUGGAAGAUGAACUUACUGCUAAGAUUCUGGAAAACUUCAGUCUAAUUUUCAUUUGUCCUCUAGUUAGUAAAGUACUGAAGUGAGAGCUGAAUGAUUUUGUUGAACGGGAAGCUGAAAGGUCUGUUUUGUGUCUCUACACUCAAGUUGCUCAGAACCAAUGUGUUUUUAGAAUGUAUAAUUAUAAUUUAUACAAUUCAUAUAUAAUUUAUAGCUAGCAAUUAUUAAUAUUGAUUUUGAAGUAUCAUUGCCUUUUAUCAUAUGAAAGACUUAUUUUAGAUGUAUUCAUCCUGGAAGCCUUUCCUCUUCUGCUUCCUGUGGAGAAGGUCAUGGUGUUCCUACAAGGGUAAAUUCCUAUGAUUUGGUGCAGUCCACAGUAAAUGUUUACUGCUAUUUUUUAUUUAUAUCAGAGGUUUUGUUAUGAUCCCUCAAGUUAGUUGAGUCACGCAAAUUUCUGUUAGGAAAGGUCGUUUCCUAGCAGUAGUUUUUAUUUGCUAUCACAAUUCAGGCUGUACAAGAUGAUACUGGUUGAGAAGGUCGACCAGCUUUUUAGAGGAUACAACCUCAUUUUUUCCCCUUCAGUGCAAGAAGCUUCCUCUUUUCUGGGCUGAAAAUUAGGGACUUCAGUCAUUUGCUUGUGCCUUCUGGAUUUCUAACAGAAGGAGCAGUUUCUGGUGGCCACAUGCCAGGAGAUCCCAGACAGGUUGAAUGUGUGAUGCUGCAGCACAUGUGCAGUGAGUUGCUUAAAUUUUAGGAAGGUGCUUGAGCUUUACAGCUUUCUGUGGCCCAUGCAGUGGACAUCGUGCAGAAAGGACUCAUGCAGGCAGCUUUAUGAGUGCCGCCAGUUGUAUAGUGCUGGGCUGGUGCUGCACUACAGCUGUGAUGGAUGUGGACAGCUCUAUAGCAGAGUUUCAUCAGGGGUCCUAUCUCAAGCUGUCCCUCACCAUAGCUACCCAUCUACCCAAAAAUUCCACAGCAAAUCUCCGUUCUUUUCAUUUUCCAGUCUCUCCUGUUUCAGUUUCAAAGAAACCUCAGCUCAGAUCGGUUAUUUGGAGCUCAGGUGGUCUAAGCAUUAGCUUUGCCUAACGAGCAAGUCUUGUGAAUGAAAAGCCAGCAGAACUGUUACAUACCACACUGAUGUCAGCACCACAGGCACUGAGGGUCACCUUGUGAGAGCUCCCCCAGCAUUGCUUAGUUUUGAAAAAAUCCGUGUAUUUGAAAUAUGUGUGACUGAAAGUGUCCAUCUCUGACACCGAGGUCUGCUUCUGAGCACUGGUGCAAACUGGCAGUGAUCAUGGAUCCUGCAGUGCCCCAUCUGAGGCAGGUGCUUGGCUUUGUGUGUUGUAGGCAGAGGCACUGGGUUUAGCCAGGGUAUUUGCAGUGCUCCAACCUCUUUUCAAGUUUAAGGUCUCCCAGAUGGACUAGUGCAGCUUUUGGAUGUAUUUGUGUGCAAAUAAAGCCUUGGAUGGAGAGAAGCAGGAGAGAGGCUUGAUUGGUCUGCAAGGGUGAGUGGCACAGCAAAGAGCAGCUUUGUCUCCUCAGGAGGAAUCAUGCUCCUCUCCACAGGGCUGUCCCUUCUCAGGGGGUUCAUCUCCUGCACUGCGGCACACAAGGGUGAAUUCCUACUCAGCAUCUAGGUAUUCAUUACCCUGGUACCUGCUUAGGCUUAGAUUUUGUUUAUCUGUUUGUUUUCUUUUCCUCCAGGUAAUACACUUUCUUCACCACUUCUCUCCUGGUGAAGGGCAAAAGGGUUUGAUCUUUGUAAGAUUUGUUAAAAUAUGUUUGUGUUUAUAAGAGGAAAGCUAACAUGUAUAAAGAAGUAAGUGCUUUUGUAAUUUUUUUGUUGUAUGAUUCAGCAUUUAAACAUUUUACAGAUGCGAUUUUUUGCACUCUCUGCAUACAUUCAUAAAAAGAAUAUAUUUAUUUUCUGUCUUUCAGGUUUA